CAAUGCAUUGUGGGAAUACUUCCAUCUCUCGUACAAGGAAUUUUGUUCACUCUUUGAUGUUCUUAUAAUUACACAGGGAUAUGGUUGUACACAGAACUUAUAAAUUUCUUAGUAGUGAUAUGGUUAGGAUUACAUUGUGAAUUGCUGUAAGAAAUUGUAUAACAACUAAUAUGAUGUGCUUCCUACGAAAAGACAAAGGCUUUAGAUGGCUCCCCUGCUGACCUGAAAUUGGUGAGGACCUAAAUUCAAAACGCUGAUGAUAAUGGAAAAGGUUAAUAGGAAACGAACUGCUGGAGAAAUGGAAGGAACCCCACAUAUGAUGGUCGUCAGUGUUGGGGGAAAGGUCUUGUCGCGGGGCAUGCAAGUGUUUUCAGUGCCAGCUUCCCAGUGUCAGCAAUUACCUGUUAUUACUGCAGUGCCCGACAUCGAUUCUUCUUCAAAUGUGGCUGUGCAGCUAGAGAAUGCAACUUCCAAUAUACAAGCAAGUGAUGCCGAUGUCCCUCUCAUUGAAGCUCGUUUUGAGGCAAGAGACGACCACAAUUACAGAAAUGAGAUACAUGCGCCUGCAUCUUUAGAUCAUGUAAUGUGGAGUGACGAUGCUGUAUUCUACCUGUGUGAGAGGGUAAGACACCACCACAAUGAACUUGCAAAAAAUGAUGGAAAUAAAUUUACAAUGAGGAACAUCUUAGAAGCCGUUUACAAGGAUAUGAGGGAAAGAAAUUACAACUUUACAAGUGCGCAGGUGGAGACUAAGUGGUACACUCUUAACACAGUUUACGUAAGAAACCUGAAGAAAAUGAUGAAAAAGGAAACAGUUAGAUGGAAGUUUUUUGAUGUUAUGAAUGAUCUCAUUCAUAUCACAUCAAAGUCAAAAUCUCAACAGAGUGCCAGGUCAUCCCAUAAACAGUCAAUUACGUGCGAAGAGUCUGUACCCGGCCCUCAUGGGAAGGACGUAGAAGAUCAGAGAAUUGCGGCUGAAGAUGAAAAGGUCCUUGGAAUUGAUAAACUGAUCGCAGCCAGAGAACAGUGUAUGUCAAGAGUGGACGAUCAAUUCACUCAAGCGCAUGAACUUGAGAAAGCAAGGUUCGAGAAUGAAAAGAUCGUAAGGGCUGAAGUGUCUCACCUCAGUAAGGAAGUUUCCGUGUUAAAGAAGAUAUGUGUUGAGCAGUUAAAAGUACAGAAGAAUACAGAAAAACUGAUUGAAAGGAUAGCUGUAGCUCUGGAAAGUUUUAUUGAGAAAAGUUCAAAAUCUGAAUGAGAGACAAUAAUAUGAUCAUAAUUUGGUCUAUAUUUUUGUGUACGGGUGCAUUUUAACAUUUUGCAUAUAAUUACAGAUUAUGAUUAUGAAUUAUUAUUAUUGAUAUUAUUAUUUUAAUACUGAUUUUGAUUAUUAUCAAUAGUUUAAAAGGAAAAAAAUUACUGACACAGAUCACCGUUUUUCUUUCUUUGGUUGCUGGUCUUAGGGGUUGUCACUGCUGAUUAUUUAUCUCCAUUUGACCCUGUUCUCUGCAUUUUUCUCUAUCACUCUGACUAACUGUCCUCUCUAGCCAUAUAUACAAACUUCCUUUUGGCUUUCCUCUUCUUCUGCUUGAUGUUAUCAUCCUCAGCAUUCUAUGUUCAAUAUACCCAUCAUCACUUCAGCACAUGCUCAAAGCCUCCUAAUGUUGCUCUCUCACUCUGUCUUUGGAAAGACCUAUCUGCAUUCAAAUGAAUUUCUAAUGUACUGAAAAUCAUAACAUCCUCAGUUGUGCUACAUCUAUCUCCACCAUCUGUCAUCACUGCCUCCAAUUCACACAACAGCUGGUCCUACUAUAAUCUUGUAAAUUUUCUCCUUCCUUCUGCAGACACAGUGCUAUUCUAUUAUAAAUUAAUCUUGCCACUUUUCUCCUCCUGCUCCACUCUGCUUUCACAUCAUGCAGACCACCAUCUGGGUGCUAUUUAGUUAUACUAUCUCUACCAUCAUCUUACAUUCUUCAAUCUCCCUCAGAUUGCAUCAGCUGCAUAGGACAUGGUCCAUCAUUAUGCAUCUUCUCCCGCUCUUAUAAAUGUUACACUGCGGUCCUCUCAUUAAAAUGCAUAAUUGUUCACAUAUUCAUUUCCAAGUGAAACCAGAGAAUAGUAUCAGUAACUUUUUUGGAUGAAUUGAAUUGUAUAAUUUCUAAAUUUUCUGUGGUUUGUUAUGUAUUUACAGUUCCAAAGAUCUUUAUGCAAGUGUGGGCCAGGAAAGCCUUAGAAAGUGCAUGCCAUACGCUCCUCUUUCCAGCCAUGUAAAUCUUAAUGAAAUGGUUUGCUUCUAGUUAGUGCUACUGUCUUUUUUUAAACUUAAAUAAAAGACUUUUCCACUGACAGUAGGCAACAGCACUGCAGUUGACAUUCUACAUGUUUUGCUAAAAGGUAAAAUUAACUCCUAAUUUUGUCUACAUUUUUUAGCUGUAUAAUAGAAAACUGGCCUCAUUAACAUGUUUGAGUGCAUUACUGAAUACACAUCAUAAUUUUCCACCA